ACAAGAUCAACUGGAUCAUACAAAAUGAACAACAACAAUACAAGAUCCAACCGGAUCUAACCAAGACAAGAACGAGAGAGAAUACAGAGAAAACUGGGAGUGAAUAAUGAACAAAGAAACCCUAAUUUUCCUUUUAUAUCAGCUCCUAACUUGAUGUUUCCAACUACAUCUCCAUGUCUCAUGUUAUGACAGCUUUUACCCUUCAAGUAUUAAACCUUCAAUACUUAUAACACUUCAGUCCCUCAAGUAAAAUACCUGCAAACUUUACACCCUGAUCAGUUAUAGCCAAUAACAACUUGUAAUAACAACUUGUAAUAAUAACUUUAAUAAGUUGUUACAACCAACAUUGUACCGUCUAGUGCAACAUGAAUCAGAAAAUCUCAACCCCUGUUAUUUUAACAGUAGACGUAAAAUGUGUACGCUCAUUGCUUCGUGUUAACAUAUAACGAUUAGACCGAAACGUAAAAUAUAGAAAAGAAUAACUAAGUUGAUUUAGGACCAGUGCGUUGCGAUGAGACUGUUAAUUGGUAAAAAAAUAGAAAUAAAAAAGUUGAACCACAGACGCACGUUGCAGCGUCUUAACUCACAAAAUUUAGAUCAAAACGUUAAAUGAAAAAUUUGUAAAAGAUGAAAGUAUAAAAGACUAAAGCUGAAAGUAGAAACGUGUUUAGUUAAAAAUAAAGUGUUUUGUGAUAAAUUUUUAAUUGAUGUAAAGUAAAGGGGUUAAAAUAUAAUAACAUAAUAGUACCUACAGAAAUCAAAUUUCUUUGUCAUCAACCACAAACAAAAAAACAGUUCUUAAUAAAAAUUUGCUUACCCUGUAAAUGGCAACCAUUGAUUGGAUGAAAAAAAAAUAGUAAAUAUAAGUCAAUAAAUUAACAGAGGGAUAAUAUCAAUCAAAGUCUUCGUAUUAAUUAAUAGAAGAAAAGAAGAAAACAAGUUGUUGUGUAGGGUCCAAUAUAGAUAUUUCCAAUGUUGAUGCCAAUGAAAAUGAAAUGAGUGUCCUAUACAUUAAUGGUCAAAAACAACAGUUUGUAUAUAUAUACUGUCCUUCAAUCAUUUCAAACACACACACACACAAAAUGCACACAUCAAGGACAUGUAGUUUUCUCCUCAUUAUAUCAGUAGCUAUAUUCAGUUGGAGUGUGGCGGUUUCCGGCCAACAACUGCCAACGGGCCAUGCGGCAUUGCUCGAACAAAAUGCCGAUCGAGUGCUAGGUCUUCCGGGCCAACCUCCUGUUAGCUUCAGUCAGUAUGCUGGAUAUGUUACAGUAAAUGAAAGCCAUGGUAGAGCACUGUUUUAUUGGUUUUUUGAAGCUACAAAAAGCCCAAAAAAGAAGCCUCUCCUUCUAUGGUUGAAUGGAGGUCCUGGAUGUUCCUCUAUUGGGUUUGGAGGGUUGGAGGAGUUAGGACCUUUUGUAGUCCAAAAGGGCAAAUCAAAACUCGUUUUAAACAAAAAUUCUUGGAAUAAAGCUGCAAACUUGUUAUUUCUUGAGUCCCCGGUUGGUGUUGGAUUCUCGUACACCAACACGAGCAGUGACAUCAAAAAGCUCGGUGACAAUGUUACAGCCCAUGACGCAUACACAUUUCUCCUCAAGUGGUUUACAAGAUUUCCCCAGUACAAGACCCAUGAAUUCUACAUUGCCGGUGAAAGCUAUGCAGGGCACUAUGUUCCACAGCUAGCGGAACUCAUAUACGAUAAAAACAAGAUCAUACCCGAGCAAGACCGUAUAAAUUUCAAGGGAAUUAUGAUUGGAAAUGCGUUGCUAGACGAUGAAACUGAUCAAACUGGAAUGAUCGAUUAUGCUUGGGAUCAUGCAGUGAUAUCGGAUCGUGUAUAUCAUGAUGUACAUACUAAAUGCAACUUUAGCAACCCCAAAUCAUCUAAUGCUUGUGAUACCGCGUUGAGUGAAUACUUUCAAGUUUACAAAAUUAUCGACAUGUAUAGCUUGUAUGUGCCAUCGUGUGUCGAUGAUAAUUCUACCCAACGUACGCAAAUGCAAGGCAAUGUUUCCCCUCUCACUUUCUCCAAGCAUAAAGCAUGGCACUCGAAACCAACCGGGUACGACCCGUGUCAAUCAGACUAUACCGAGUCAUAUUUAAACAAGCCAAACGUUCAAGCCGCUCUCCAUGCUAACACCACAAAAAUCCCUUACCCAUGGACGCAUUGUAGUGAUACUAUAACAUUUUGGCACGAUGCUCCGGCUUCGGUACUUCCGAUCAUAAAAAAACUUGUUGCUGGUGGAAUUCGAGUUUGGGUUUAUAGUGGAGACACUGAUGGAAGGAUUCCGGUGACCUCUACAAGGCUCUCAUUGAGAAAACUUGGGCUGAAAACACUGGAAGAAUGGUCUCCAUGGUACAGUAAAAGUCAGGUUGGUGGAUGGACUAUUGUAUACGAUGGAUUGAUGUUUGUAACUAUUAGAGGAGCUGGACAUCAAGUACCUACUUUUAAACCCAAGGAAGCCCUUCAACUUGUUACACAUUUUUUAUCCAAUCAAAAGCUGCCACCUGUACCAUUUUAAUUUAUAACCAACUACAAAAUCAUAUACACCCACAAAAUGCAUUCAUUGUGGGUAACAUUGUGUCUUUGUUUGAUUCUGAUACAAAGGAUCUAAAAUUUGAUUCAAACCGAAUUCGAAUAAAAAUAUUUGAAUUCGGGUUGUUAUUGUAAGUCAUCAAACAAAUAAAGUAUCAUUUUUUUUUAAAUUUAUGAAGUAUAAUUGUACCUUUUUGGCAUAUUAUUCAUGUUAUUGUAAAUAUUUGGACUAGUUACAUGAGUGUGUAAUUAUUUUACGUACAUUGUAAUUGUAUUUAAUUAAUAAACAUUCAGAUUUAUUGUAACAUAACAAACUUUGAUUUUA